UGAAUGAAACGUCAGAGUGAUUAAAUUCAACAGAAAAAAGGAAGAAGGUGAAAAGAGGAAGUACUAAAUUUCCCUAAUCGAGAAACUUUCCUCGGUGUGGUCACACAGUUAUUUUCCUCCUACUUAGUCAACCAACAAACCCACAGCUAAACCUAAAAAAUAAUGUCUUUCUAGUCAUCUUGCCAAAUUCUGCCACCACACUGAAUCAUCUACUCUGCUUAGAAGGAAGUUAAUGAUACAAAAUUAAAAUUCAAUCAGCCAAAAUGCUAUCAGAGCCAAAUGGAAACAUCACUUCCUCAGUGUUGAACAUGACGACCCCGGCCCCUGGUGGUGGUGGUAGAGGCGGCGGCUGCCCACCGGUCGGUAUUCAACUAGAGGGUUUGAUCCUCCCUCCAGUCCUCGCCAUAGACGUGGUACUGGGGCUGCUGGGAAACAUCAUGGCCCUGUGGAUCUUCUGCUUUAAACUGAAGUCCUGGAACCCCAACAACCUGUUCCUCUUCAACCUGGUCAUCGCAGACUUCCUGGCUCUAGUGAGUCUGCCGCUGAGGAUUGAUGCCUUGCUCAGGGGCUACUGGGUGUUUGGAGACGGCCUGUGCCGGAUCAACCUCUUCCUGAUGUUUUCCAACCGCUCGGCCAGCAUCGCUCUCAUGACUGUGGUGGCAAUUUACCGCUACUUUAAGGUGGUCCACCCUCACCACCGGUUCAACCGUAUGACUAAACGUCAGGCUGUAUUCGUGUCACUGUUUGUCUGGCUGCUGGUGAUGAGCCCUCGGGUUCCCAUGCUGGCUUACAACCACAUCAAGGGCAGCGGUGACAAAACCCAGUGCUUCUUCUUCACCUCUUACAAAGAGGCAUUGCGGGCCAUCAUCAUCCUGGUCAGCAUGCACCGGAUCCUGACGGUGCUGGAGUUCUUCAUCCCGAUGGCCAUGCUGCUCUUCUGCUCCAUCCGGAUCUCCAGCUUCCUGAGGAAGCGACAGAUGGGAAAACCAGACAAGGUGCGAAAGGCAAUGCGAGUGUGCAUUGCCAUCGUCGCAGUGUUCAUGGUGUGCUUCUUACCCACCACGGUGACGACCAUCGGGUUGUGGGUCAACCGCUCGUACUUCCCGUCGGACUGCGCCACCUUCUACACCUUCACCCAGCUCACCAUCGUGUCUCUGGGGCUGAACUUCUUGAACUCGGCCCUAGACCCCAUCGUCUACGUCUUCUCCAGCUCCAUGUUCAGGAAGGCCCUGUGCAACUCGUUGCCCCGCGCCCUGCGCUGCAGACAGGAUGCAGGCAACCAGGAGAACGCAGCAUCCUCGUCAGGAACUCAGUCCACCACCCAGCAGGAACUCAAGUCCAUGAGAGCUGACAGAGGCAGCAAAGACAUGGAAUGAGCUUCUCCUAAAAUAAUGACUGUAGAAAACGUCUCAUCUUGUUAUUGAUUUGUGUAUUUUACAGAGUUAUAUCUGUUUUUGUGUUUUUGAUUAGGGAUGCACCGAUCCGAUAUCUGGAUCGAAUAUUGGCGCCGAUAUAAUCAAAAUAGAUGUAUCAGGUAUCGGAAAAUGCAAUCUAUACCUGAGGCGAUCCUUUCCCUUUAAAUCUAUUGCGAUGUGAGCUAGGACAUACGUCAUGGAGCAAAGGAGAAAAUCUGCUGUGUGGAGGUAUUUCACACUAUUUCAACUGCUGUUGCACAAUUGUUUAUUUUUUAUUGUAUUGUAUUGGCUGAUACUCAAAGCCACAGCAUCGGGAUCGGUAUCGAAACUGAAAAAGCUGGAUCGGUGCAUCUCUAUUUUUGAUGCUGUUAAAGCUUUGUUUACAUCUGUGAUCUUUGUACAUUUUAUAUUAUGCUUUUAACUUUGCUUUAUUACUUUAGUAAGGACACAGAAAAAGGUCCAUAGCAUCCACAUCAAAUGAAAAAACAAUCAUCUAUGUGCAAAAGUAUGACAUAAUAAUAUAAUAUAUAUAUUAAAAAAACAAGAAAUGCCCAAGUUCAUAUAAAAAGACAAAUUCAAUAAACUGCGGCCACAAACAGGCUGAGAGCCAGUGGCCCCACAUUUGGCUGGCACUGCACCAUCAUGGAAGUUUUAGAAGCAGUCUCAUUCCAUCAUGAAAGGCCACAUUAAGUCUUUGCAUAUUGUUCUUCCUAUAGGAGCGCCACAAGUGGGCAGUAUACAGUGACGUACAAAAUGCUCCAUCUUCACAUUAACGGAACACAUGCUGAAUUUGCGAGCGAGCAUAUUCACUUGCACAUACAACCUGCGACACUGUCUGUGGAUAUCUUUGUCAUCAGAUAAAUCAUUGACAAUAUAAUGACCAAGAUAUUUAAUCUCAUUACAAACUUUAAGAGCAAGACUUCAGGAAAUUAUAAUUUUCUGUGUGGUCAUAAUUUUUUGGUACUGAUGUUUUGUAUUAGUCUGCAGUGAUCCGUCAGAUGUUCUCUCUCCUCCUCUCGGAGUGUGUGCAUUGAGUUGAGUGUGAUUGGAUGUUGCAAGGCAGGUGGUGUGUGCUGAUUGGGCUGUCCGAGGAGAUUGCUGUCACUGGAUUGGUCCACUGCAAGACAGAAGAUUUUUAAACCACCAGCUGAUCGAAGCUCUGCCCUCCUUUUCACUCUUCCACUACCAACAGAACCAGAACUUAGACUGUGAUUGUGAAACUGUUUGUGAGUACCUGCAGGCAAAACUUCUGAAUCUGGUAAACUAGUGGGUUUAUUCUGAUCUAGGAAAGUUAUUUGGUCAGUUUUGAGUAGACGGGUUAAUUAUUUAUUAUCAGAGUUAUUAGUGGAUUUUCUUGUAUUCUUUUGUUGAGCACUGUAAAUAGAGCACUUUAAGCAGAUUUAGUAAGAGUGAGAAGCCCUUUUUGUUUGGCACCGCCAUGUUCUCUUCUCUUGUUUUGAAUGGUAGAAGUUCAGGUUAGAAAAUUGUCUUUUGCUUCACUUUUUUUUUUUUUUGCAGGGUAAGUUUAGAGUUCAUUAGUAUAUUUUUGUUUGUUGUUUUGGGCACUGCUCAACUCUGAAGACGAAUAAACUGCUUUCUUUGUUGUUUAAAA